AUGACGGACCGUUGGUCCGUGAGGCACACAGUUUGACUGGGCCCGCCGGUCGGGCAUCUGAAAGUUUUGACCCCCCACCGCGCAGCCUGCAGCGCUGGCGUUGCUCCUCUACCGACCUCGACCUGCCUGCCAUGCAAUUGCAUACCGGCCACCGCCCACCCACGGCAGAAAUGUCACCGCGCCGGCCUUCGUCCACUCUCCAGCUGCUUCUCUUCUCUAUCUCUUUCUCUUUUUUUGUUCCUGAGGUCAAAACUCAAAACCAUAUCGGGGCGAGGUCAACUCUGCUCGCGAGUUGACUUCCCAUCCGGCCAUCCCCAUACCUAUAAAUACGCGCGCAGUCCGUGCACCGCCAAGGUCAGCCGGCGCCGGUGCCGGUGCCAUCUCCUCGAGGACGAACGCCAGUCACGAGCCUUGCGUGAACUUGAAGCCUUCUUCAUUCGAGAGAGGUGUCAGCUGAGAGCCAUCAUCUCAGGAGGGAGGAGGACCGGAGGAGGACGAAGCGAAGAGCGCCGGGACAGCGGGGGCGCGCGCCAUGAUGAGGCGCGCGGAGCCCGUCGGCGAGGCGGCGGACGCGGAGCGGCGGGGGCGCGGUGGCUACAAGGGCGUGCGGCGGCGGCGGUGGGGGAAGUGGGUGUCGGAGAUCCGCGUGCCCGGCACGCGGGAGCGCCUGUGGCUCGGAUCCUACGCCACGCCCGAGGCCGCCGCCGUCGCGCACGACACGGCCGUCUACUUCCUCCGCGGCGGCACCGGGGCCGGGGCCGGGACCGGCGCGGGCGUCGCAGGAGGCGGCGACGUCGCGGCGCUCAACUUCCCCGAGCGCGCGGCGGCCGCGUACGGCACCGGUGCCGGCGCCGGCGCCGCGGGGCGGCUGUCGCCGCGGUCCGUGCAGCGCGUGGCGUCCGACGCCGGCAUGGCAGCUGACGCUCAACUCGUGGCGGCGCGGGAGAGCGCGCCCGCGCCCGCGCUGGCGCACGCCCAUCGCACCGGCAUUGGCAUCGGCAGCGCGCACGACGGUGGCGCCAGCGCACACGCACGGCCGGGCGCGGGAAGGGAGCAGCCUGCUGUCUCCGGGGAAAUUAACGUUGAUGACAUGGAGAUUCUGAUGUAACAAAUAACCAAAAAAAUUGCUAGUACUGCCCGCAAAAAGAAAAAAGAAAUAUGGUAGUAGUACUGAAAUUAGCAGAUGCAAUAAAACAUCUUUUUUUAACGAACA